AUGGGCACCUUCACUAUCAUUCUUGCCCUUACGGCGGUGUUUGCCUACCCGGUGUAUAGGUUGCUACGUAUUGGCCGUCGACAUCCUCGUAUGCCUCCGGGGCCACCGACCAUUCCGAUCCUUGGUAACGCUCACCAGAUUCCGAUCACAGGGCUGGGCAGAAAGUUCAAGGAAUGGGCUGACGCCUAUGGGCCCAUCUUUUCUUUGACCAUUGGGCCUACUAACGUGGUUGUUUUGUGUGAUCGACGAUCUAUCAACAAUCUUUUAGAGAAAAAGGGUAGUAUCUAUUCGGACAGGCCAUUUAACUACGUUUCAAAUUUUGUGACUCACGGCGAUCAUUUGACCCUGGAACCCCAAGGAGCUUCAUGGAGGGAGAAGCGGAUGGUUGUGACGCGAAAUUUGAACCCGAAGACGCUGGAUGAGAAACACUUUAAGAUACAAGAAGCAGAGGCUGUUAUUUUCAUGAACAACAUUCUCAAGGACCCUUCUAAGAUAUUCGACUAUGCACGGUUAUAUACUGUCUCUGUGGCAGGGUCUCUGAUCUGGGGACAUAGAGCCGCUGACCUGAACUCUUUCUGGUAUACGCGAUUCUAUGACCUAAUGGAUCUGUGGCUCAAAGUUCAAGAACCAGGCGCCAACCCUCCGAUUGAUGAGUUCCCGUUUCUGAAAUAUCUUCCGGGGAGCUGGAAGGGGAGGUCCAAGAAGUGUCGUGAGAUGAUGGACACCAUGUGGGAUGAGGCUCGAGCGAUCGUCGACGAGCGGAGAGCGCGGGGCGACAAGAGAGAUUGCUUCAUUGACGCCAAAAUCGACGACUAUAAUGCAAAGGGCUGGCCUUUGUCGACUCACGCUUUCAAUAACCUAUUCGGAGAGCUCCUUGAGGCCGGUGCGGAUACGACUGCGAAUCAUAUACUGACUCUUAUCCUGGCAAUAGCUAAAUAUCCCCAUAUACAAGAAAAGGCAAGAUCCGAAAUUGACGCUGUUUGCGGCACCGAGCGGGCUCCAUUGUUUUCAGAUUUCGAACAACUUCCUUAUGUGAAUUGUAUCGUUAAGGAAGGCAUGAGAUGGCGACCAACGGCACCUGCUGGCUUACCUCAUAUGGUCACUCAAGACGACGAGUACGAGGGAUUGUUUAUUCCUAAGGGUUCUAUGGUGUUUAUCGGAAUAUGGGCCAUGCACCACAGCGAGUCGGAAUACCCAGAGCACGAUAGAUUCAACCCUGACCGCUACUUGAGCCAUCCGAAGUUGGCUAACGAGUAUGCAGUCAGCCCGGAUUAUAGCAAUAGAGAUAAGUACUAUCACUAG